GUUGAAAGCAGUAACUACGUCGACUGCGUCGACGCAGCAGGUAAUCCAAUUCCUCCCUCUAUGUAGCGCGUGUUAAUAAACAGCACACAAUUCUUUAUUCGUGAACUUAGAAGUUUCCGCGUCGGGUCCCUCCCAACCUCUCUCAGAUCUUUUCAAUAUCCUCCUUAAAUACUAACAUCACUGCUUUCCUUAGAUCUCAGAAUCAUCCCAUCCCCUUUCAUUCCCUUCCCAUUCUUUUCCUAACCAAAAAUCACCCUUAAUUCUUCCACCAAUAUUCAUCAUGCAAAUCAAUACCCAAACCAUAACAACCGAUUUUCAUAACACUCGAGUAAGGGUCUUACCCGAAUAUGAUGUCUUUAUUCAUACUUCUGAUGGCACACGCAUUCCAGCUCACACAAGCAUCCUGGCCUCGGUGUCACCGGUUUUCGAGAAUAUUCUAGAACAACCGCGUAAACAACGAAGCUCCGAAAGAAUAAUCAAAAUCAACGGCGUUCCUUCCACCGCCGUAACUGCCUUCAUCAGCUUCCUUUACUCAUCCAGGUGUACGGAGGAUGAAAUGGACAAAUAUGGAAUCCACCUGCUUGCACUAUCACACGUGUACAACGUGCCACAACUGAAACAGAAAUGCAUCAAAGGCCUUGUUCAACGGUUAACCGUAGAAAACGUGGUGGAUGUACUCCAACUCGCGAGACUCUGCGACGCGCCGGAUCUCCGUCUCCGUUGUAUGAAACUACUUGCCAAUCACUUCAACGCGGUGCAAAAAUCUGAAGGGUGGAAGUUUCUCACCAAACAUGAUCCCUGGCUUGAACUAGAUAUCCUUCACUUCAUGGACGAAAGUGAAACGAGGAGAGAGAAAUUGAGGAGGCAUAGGGAGGAGCAGGGGCUAUAUGCGGAACUGAGUGAAGCAAUGGAAUGUUUGGAGCAUAUAUGUACGGAAGGUUGCACUGAUGUUGGGCCGUAUCAUGUGGAGGUUGAUAGAGAAAGGAAGCCUUGUAGCAAAUUCUCAACUUGUCAAGGUCUUCAGCUUCUGAUUCGCCAUUUUGCGACGUGCAAGAGGCGGGUGAAGGGAGGUUGUUGGCGGUGCAAGCGUAUGUGGCAGCUGUUUAGAUUGCAUUCAUAUGUUUGUCAACAAAUUGAUGAUUCUUGCAAUGUUCCUCUUUGCAGAAACACUUUCUUUAUGGAGAACCUUCAACAAUGGAUAUAUUCAAACUUGAGCAAAGGUGCAAAAGGAAGAAUUGAUAGUGCAUGGUGUGAUUACUGGGCUACAGCGUGUCAUUGCUUCUGGACAUGGAGGAAUAAAGAAAUUCAUGAUGCUGAAUUUACUAGACCAAUUUAUGCAAUGCAACAUGUAUAUAGAAGAGUGAAUGAUUACUAUCAGGCAAACAAAACAAACAGGCUAAUGAGAAUUAAAAAUGAUAUGCUUGUAUACAUUAGUUGGAAGCCUCCAUGUGGUAGUUAUGUUAAACUUAACACUGAUGGAGCUUGUAAAGAUCAAAAUAGAGGAGGUUGUGGAGGUAUUAUUCGGGGAAGCCAAGGAGAAUGGUUGGGAGGUUUUGCUAGAGGAUUGGGAAAUUGUAGUGCUAUUAUUGCUGAGUUGUGGGGAGUGGCUGAAGGAUUGAGUUAUGCGCGGCGGCUGGGUUUUACGGCGGUCGAGCUUAAUGUUGAUUCUGUUGUUGUGGUUCAGGCGAUCAAGACCGGAAGAUUUAGUAGCUCGGUUGGAUUACCUUUGGUGAAACACAUUCGGCGAAUGUUGGAUUUGGAUUGGGAAAUUAAAAUUGAGCAUGCUUACAGAGAAUCAAACAAGUGUGCAGACGCUAUGGCGAAUAUUGGUUGUCAUUUAGAUCGUGAAACCAUAUUUUAUGAUUCUUGUCCUAUUUCGAUUAAGGAGUUAUUGUUAGCUGAUGAGUUGGGGAUAACCACCCCUAGAAUAAUUUCUAUGUAAUCUUUUCUUUUUGGGGCUUAGGCCCUCCCUAUUACCAAAAAAAAAAAAAAUUAGGCCACCUAAAUUGGCACCAGAGAUAAUCGAACUUCACACCUCAAGAGGAACAUACUUACAGGUUCCAAGCUAACACCAAUGCACCAACCCAAGUGGAUUGUGGGUGACUAUGAUAUUGGUUAGAGAUCAUUGGUGACGAUAGUGUGUGGCUGCUUGACGUCGGUUUAGAAAAAUGAUUUUAAGACACUUAUAUUUUGAAGAAAUUAUUAUGAUUAUUGUUAAGACUGAAGAUUAAGAUGAAAUUGAAAUAGAAUAUUGAGUCAAUUUUUGUCCAUAAGCUGAAUGAUUCAAUUUUGAAUUUAGAAGUUCAAAUUCAUUUUUUCCAUCAAACAAAAGAAGUUCAAUUUCAUUUUUAUUUAGAGGGUAAAAUGGUCGGUCAAACACAUUUAACUCAAUAAGUCAUCCUUUUUCCAAUUUUGAAGGGUCAAAA